GAGCCACUGAGAACAGCAAUCGCAGCUGAAUUCAAAUACGACCCAAACGCGAAAUGGCCAAGAUAUAUAUGGCAGACGUGGAAAGUUUCACCCUCCUCCGGCGAGUUCCCGGAGCGGUUCAGAUACCCAGAAGCAACCUGGACCGAAAAACACCGGUAUUGGGUGCAUGAGGUCAUCACAGAUGCUGAAGCCCCACUGUUGUUGGAACAUCUUUAUAAGGGGUUACCAAUGGUGUUGGAGGCGUAUUGGGCUAUGCCGCAUCCAAUCCUAAAGGCGGACUUCUUUAGGUAUCUAAUUUUGUUGGCACGCGGCGGUGUAUACAGCGACAUCGACACCGAAGCCCUCCAACCCGCCGAAUCCUGGCUCACAGAAGAGUUGGAUAAGGGCGUAGGACUCGUAGUUGGAAUCGAGGCGGAUCCGGAUCGGGAGGAUUGGGCGGAGUGGUAUUCGCGCCGCAUCCAGUUUUGUCAGUGGACGAUUAUGGGGAAACGUGGACAUCCCGUCUUAGGAGAGAUCGUGGCGCGGAUUACGGAGAAGACACUCAAGCUGAAAGCACAGGGUCAGGAUGCGCUGGUCAAAGAGUGGAAAAACAGUGUCGUGGAGUGGACCGGCCCAGCAGCCUGGACUGACGCAGUCUUCGACCACCUCGACCCAGCCCUCCCUCCCUCCGAAGCGUGGAAACCCUUCGCGGCCCUGCCCGAUAGGAAAAAGGUUGGAGACGUGGUUGUGUUGCCGAUUACUGCGUUUUCGCCGGGAAUGGGACAUAUGGGGAGUAAGGAUGUGGGGGAUGCGAUGGCGAUGGUCAAGCAUGAAUUUGAGGGGAGUUGGAAGCCGGAGGAGGAGAGGAUG